CCAGCGCGGAGUAGGAGUGAGAUCCAGUUAAGUACACGAGCGCGUUGCACCUGGUAAAACAAGCAGAGGACGGUGGCUACAACCGAUAAAUCCGAUUAAAAGGCGAAAGAAAAGGAGAAGUUGCCAUCAGGAAAACAUUUUUAAAGUGAGUUUUGAGGAGCAGCUGAGAGGAUUUAAUAAGUGGGCACAAGACGUGAAUGGGACCGUGGCGGAUGUGAGAUGACAUCGAUGAAAGGGGAUUAAACUGCAGGGAUGUUAAGAAAAUAAUGAAGACAAUAUCCACCAAGUAAGGAGUGACUUCAGGGCCGACAGGAAUGGCUUGAUUUGUCACCGCGGGAGAGCGGUGGGACAAACACUGUCACACUCAUGUUCCUGUUGAAGAGGAAGAAAGUUUGCUGCGCCUCCCUCGGAUUCAAAUCUACUUUUUGAGCUGCUUUUACUGUUUUUCCUCAUCUCAGUGGCAGAGCACUGCCUGUUUUUUUUUUUGUUUGUUUGUUUUUUUUGGUGUCAGCUCAGAAACUGUCCACAAUGUCCAAACCAGUGGUGAAGAAGAACCACUGGACCUCCAGAAUAAACGAGUGCUCCGUUUCUAAGGAUGCCCGCGGUGACUUGAACGUGUCGCUGCGCGGCGGGGCUGAGAAUGGAGAGUUCGCCUACAUUGGACAAGUUAGCGGGGAUCUCGUGGUUUACAAAAGUGGACAAUUAAAUGAAGGGGAACUGCUGCUGGAAGUGGAGAAUCUAUCGAUUUCGGGAUUACCUUUGUACGACAUACAGACAGUCAUAAAGAACUGCAAAGGGGCCGUCAGGUUGAAAACUGUCAGACAAGGAAGCAAGCUCAACAAGGACCUAAAGCAUUAUCUGAGCCAGCGCUUCCAGAAAUCCUCGGCUGACCAUGAACUGCAGCAGACCAUCCGAGACAACCUCUACCGUCACGCCGUGCCUUGUACAACCCGUGCCCCCAGAGAAGGAGAAGUUACUGGGGUAGACUACAACUUCCUCUCGGUGGAGGACUUCCUGGAGUUGGAGAAAAGUGGGACCUUAUUAGAGAUUGGAACAUAUGAAGGUAACUAUUAUGGGACCCCCAAGCCACCGGUGCAGCCCCCCGGCGGGAAAGUGAUUAGUAAUAGUGGUAGCGGCGGUGAUGCCCCACUGCCAGACGGGCUCAGCAGUAGCCUGCCAGGCUCGCAGCCAUCCACUCCCCGUCGCUCCAAGUCCUACAAUGACAUGCACAAUGCUGGAAUAGGGCCUGGAGAGCCGCAGCAGGAGGACGACGAGGACCUCCCUGACAUGAACAGUAGCUUUACAGGAGACUCAAGUGAAUUAGACGAGAUUCAUUACUCGGUGCGCCCCUUCGCCCCCCACUACAGUGAACCUCCCUACACUGGGAUAACCCCCUCACCAACGGCCACCACGGAGAGCACACAGCAGACACACCCUCAUCUGAGCCAUCCUCCCCCCGAGGACCCACUGGGACCUCUGCCUGACAACUGGGAGAUGGCCUACACCGAGAACGGAGAGGUCUACUUUAUAGACCACAACACAAAAACAACUUCCUGGAUUGACCCUCGGUGCCUGGACAAGCCUCAGAAACCUCUGGAAGAAUGUGAAGAUGACGAAGGGGUACAUACAGAGGAGCUGGACAAUGACCCAGAACUUCCACCGGGAUGGGAGAAAAUAGACGAUCCAGUGUAUGGGGUCUACUACGUUGAUCAUAUCAACAGAAAGACCCAGUAUGAGAAUCCAGUGUUGGAGACUAAGAGGCGCAGGCAGCUGGAGCAGCAGCAGCCUCAGCCCCAGAGCCAGCAGCCACCUGAAGAAUGGAUUGAGGACUCAGCGUUGGCAGGGGCCCCACUGGCCAGUUAUGCUGCAAACCACCAAGAGACCUACAGGGACCCUCCGACAGGACCUCCAGUGCCCAACGCAAUGGGACAAAAACGAGGGAAGCCUUUCUUUACUCGAAACCGAUCCGAGCUGAACGGGACUUUCAUCAACACCAAGCUGAAAAAGAGUCGUCGGGGGUUCGGUUUCACCGUGGUGGGAGGGGACGAGCCGGACGAGUUCCUGCAGAUCAAGAGCCUGGUCCUGGAUGGACCUGCUGCCCUUGAUGGCAAAAUGGAGACUGGUGACGUGAUCGUGAGUGUCAAUGACACAUGUGUGCUAGGCUACACCCAUGCCCAAGUUGUGAAGAUCUUCCAGUCCAUCCCAAUUGGCUCCAUGGUCAAUUUAGAGCUUUGCCGUGGCUACCCACUGCCUUUUGACCCAGAUGACCCCAACACCAGCCUGGUUACCUCAGUGGCCAUUCUGGAAAACAAAGACCCCAUCAUUGUAAAUGGCCAGGAGCACCCCAACAGCUACGACUCGCCUUCCAGCCACGGGAGUCAGAACAACAACAACGGCACGAUUAACGGCGGGGCACCCAACGGCCUCCCUCGACCCCACAGCCCCUCAGCGGAGGGGGCGUCUGAUACCUCUUCCCAGCAUGGCUACCCCAGCGACUCGGUCACCCUGGCUUCAUCUAUCGCAACACAACCAGAACUCAUCACUGUACACAUGGAGAAAGGAGACAAGGGCUUCGGGUUCACCAUCGCCGACAGUCCCGGAGGAGGAGGGCAGCGGGUGAAGCAGAUUGUGGAUUACCCACGCUGCCGCGGCCUCAAGGAGGGCGACAUCAUCAUGGAGGUGAACAAGAGAAACGUGCAGAGCAUGUCUCACAACCAGGUGGUCGACCUGCUAAGCAAGUGUCCCAAAGGCAGCGAGGUCACCAUGCUGGUGCAGAGAGGGGUGGCACCUGCAAAGAAGAGCCCAAAACUGAAUGAGCUGGCUCCUCCGUACAGAGAUUACGCUAGGAGGCCAUUGUCAAGAAAGGACAGUCAGAACAGCUCCCAGCAUAGCGUUUCAAGCCACAGGAGCGCCCACACAGACUCGCCUGUGCACCCGUCCCUGGCGCCCCCUCUCAACGAGAGCAUCGCUCCCCCGCCCCCCUCUCAGCCCCUGCCAGGCCUGCCGCCCCAGGACUCUCCAGCUGACGGAACAAUCCAGAGAAAACCGGACCCUUUUAAGAUCUGGGCCCAGUCCAGGAGCAUGUAUGAAAGUAGGCUUCCAGACUUCCAGGAGCAGGACAUUUUCCUGUGGAGGAAGGACACAGGCUUCGGCUUCAGGAUCCUCGGAGGCAAUGAGCCAGGAGAGCCGAUAUAUAUCGGCCACAUAGUGAAGUAUGGAGCAGCAGAUGAGGAUGGACGCCUGCGGUCUGGAGAUGAACUGAUAUGUGUGGAUGGCACAGCAGUUGUGGGAAAGUCGCACCAGCUUGUCGUGCAGCUGAUGCAGCAGGCUGCAAAGCAGGGCCAUGUGAACCUCACUGUGCGACGCAAAACCAACUACGCAGUGAAAGCAGAGGGAGAUGUGCCUCCAUCGCCUGCGUCCUCCCAUCACAGCAGUAACCAUGCGCCCAGCCUAACGGAGGAGAUUGGAAAGCGCACCCCGCAGGGCAGCCAGAACUCCCUCAACACAGUCAGCUCCGGCAGCGGCUCCACCUCUGGCAUAGGCAGCGGGGGAGGAGGCGGAGGGGCAGGAGGCAGUGGUAACGCUGUGGUCGCCACUGCAGCUGCCACCACCUCCUCUCAGCCCCCCAUCGCCAACUCCACGGUCUCCUCUGGCCUGCAGCCCUACGACGUAGAGAUCCGACGUGGUGAGAACGAAGGAUUCGGUUUUGUGAUCGUCUCCUCGGUGUCGCGGCCUGAAGCUGGCACCACCUUCGCUGGCAAUGCAUGUGUGGCAAUGCCCCACAAAAUAGGGCGUAUCAUCGAGGGGAGCCCGGCAGACCGCUGCGGGAAGCUGAAAGUUGGCGACCGCAUCCUGGCCGUGAACUCGUGCUCCAUCACCAACAAGUCCCACUCCGACAUCGUCAACCUCAUCAAGGAGGCUGGGAACACUGUCACGCUACGUAUCAUUCCCGGAGAUGAGUCAUCAAACGCCUCUUUGUUGACCAAUGCGGAGAAGAUUGCCACCAUUACCACCACUCACACACCUCAGCAACAGGCUGCACCUGAGGCCAGGAACAACACCAAACCAAAACAGGAAUCAUAUGAAUUCAAAGCCCCUCAAGCACCUCAAGCACCUCCUCCCCAACCCCCCACACAACAAGUCUCACCUCAGGAUUCCGAGUUCUACUCAGUGGACCUGGAGCGAGACAACAAAGGCUUCGGCUUCAGUCUGCGGGGCGGCAGAGAAUACAACAUGGACCUGUAUGUGCUGCGGCUAGCUGAAGACGGGGCAGCUGUCCGCAACGGAAACAUGAGGGUCGGCGAUGAAAUCUUGGAGAUCAACGGCGAGAGCACGAAGGGCAUGAAGCAUGCGCGAGCCAUUGAGCUCAUCAAGAGCGGAGGCCGGCGUGCCCACUUGGUGCUCAAGAGAGGCGACGGCUCGGUGCCUGAAUAUGACGGCAUCAACGACAACAUCUCAGCCAUCGCAGCCACAGGGUUACAAAACGCUGCGGAAGUAAGUGACCUGCCAACAACCAACGCACCAUCAGAAUCAAGUUUCCCACCAGAACCAAACCAGUCAUCCCAAAGCGAGAAGGAGCCGAGCCGCCACGCUACUGGUACCGGCAAGCACCACCAUUCCAAUCAUCGCCAUCGCUCCCCCAACAAGAAAAACAGCAAAGGAAAACACAAGGGGAAGAAGUCAUCAGGCGGUAAAAUCAAACUGUUCAAAAAGAAGGAUGACAAGGGAAGUGACAACCAACCCCGUUCCAGGGGCCGCCACCGUAGCCGCCAUCGUUCUCCAGAGAAGGGGCGGUCACGCAGCGCAGAAAACACACUGGAAAGCCGUCACAGGGGACAUCGACACGGGCGUUCACCAGACAGACAACAUCGUCACCAUUCCCCUAAUCGUCGCCACCGCUCUCCUUAUCGCUCUCCUUAUCGCUCCCCUUACCGCUCCCCUUACCGUUCGCCACACCGCCACAGGUCCCCCCAUCGUUCUCGGCACUACUCCCCAAGACGCCAUGCCCACUCCUCGGACCCCUACCGUCGCUAUGCUUCUCCUCCGAGACAGAGCCGCAGCAACGAGAAGCCCUCAGUGGAUGACGCCGUUUUGAAGGAGCCGCCAACGUCUUCAGUGCCCAGAGUCCCUGUGGACGACAGCAUCCUCCGUGAGCUGCCAGCCCUGGACCGCCUGAACCGGGAAGCCACACUCCCUCCACUGCGCAGAGAGGAUCGCCUGUUUGCAGAUGACAGCCUGCUGUUGAAAGCGUCCUCCAUGGAGAAAGCCUACAGGGGGGACAGCUUGCUGAGGGACGUGGCGUCGGGCAGUUCGAGGAACGCCUACGGAGACAUCACCUUGCCCAGAGUGCGUACCCCCGACUCAGAUUCCGCCUACAAGAGAUACAGCUCGCUGCUGAGGGGACGCUCACCUGACAGGAGGGACGGGCUCUUCGCCAGACGAGGAAGCUCCCCCGAGCCGCAGUACCGAACCCGCAGCCUGGGGAGAGACAUCUCCCCAAUCAGGAGCGACACAAGGGGAGACUCGGAGGACGAAGAGGACGAUGACAACUUUGUAGCAGCGAAGGUGAGGGAGUACUACAGCACGCUUCAGACCAACACCAGUCGCUCAUCCAAGGCCACACUCCCCGAGCCCAAGAAGACCCACAAGACAAACCCCAAAGACCUGAGCAUCUGAUUGGACGCUGUUAGACAAUAACAGCACCUAACCACAAUACACCUCAAACACUUACUUUUAAUACCAUUUGGUUCAACAGAAAUGCAUCCAAUUAUGAACUAACAAAUACAUACACACACCAGACAACACUAACUUAAAUGCUUUCAGAAACUGAAAUACUUACACACACACACACACACACACACAUACUAAACACACACAUGCACAUUAUGUAACAUGUUACUAACAAGACAGUGAUUCUAAAAUUACUUUUGGGAGCUGUUUUUUUUUCCUUUUUUUAAAUUCUUUUCCUUUUUCUUGUUUUUGGUUUAGCAUUCUACAUUUACAGUAAAUAACAAAGUUUUCCAGAAAAUGUAAAACCAUAAAAAACAAUGAUGUGCCUAACAGUUCCAUUAACAACAACAAUUUGAUUUCCAUUUGAUACCUGACGAGCAUUUUGUGCUGCAGUCGUUGUCAGAUGAUGAAUGGAUGUACUUUUCCACAAGGAACCCAUGGGAGUACUGCGCACCCAGAUCACUGUAACGGGUGCUCACAAUGAUGCUGUGCAUGUCUUUACCGGUUUCAAUGUCUCUCUCUCUAUCUCUCUCUCUCUCGCUCUUGCUCUCUCUCACUCACUCUCUCUCCCCAGUGCCACUGUUUUUUAGACAUUUGACCAGACUAUAGCACAAGCCUGCAUUUGUUUGUAUAUUUUUGACAGUUUGCAGUAUGUGUACAUUCAGAGGUGAUCAUUUUAAAUGAAGGAAGGGGAAAUUAAAAGUUAAACUAUGAUGAUGAUGUUAAAAUAAAAUAAUAUAUUCAACA